AUGGUUGCCUCAUCGCCAUCUCCUCUGGACAACGCGCGUGAGAAGCAUGCCUCGCGCCGUCUGCCCACCUGGUUCGCCUACCCUCUGUCCAUCAUCCUGAGCCCCGCUCUCAGCGCUCUGCUGUACAGCUUUGUACCAGACAUCAUGGGCGCUCCUCUCGCUGCCGUGAGCCGCAGCUUGAAUGAGGAAUGGCAGAUUGGUGCUCUGCUUGCUUGGAGACUGCUGGAGAUCACUCUUGCUUGGUCCACUGGCCUCGAUCACUUCGACUUUGUUCAACUCGCCGGCAUGGCCAACGCGCCCUACUACACCCUGUUGUACCUCUUCUAUGGCAUUGGCUUCGAGCCUCUUGCUCUGGCCCUGGUCAUUGACAUGUUCUCGCUUUGGUUCCCCUUCUGGCUGUUGCGCCCCCUCAACUACCACAACAACCUGCGCACCUUGACUACUCCCGGCACUACAAAGGAUCUGGCUGUCGACAAGACCGUCCAGAUGUACAUGACCGCUUUCGCUGCCUCCAUCUAUGCCACCAUUGUCUAUCUCAGUCUUGUCUCGUGGUUACCCGUCUUUUUGAUCAACUCAUUUGACGAGGUCCUCACCCUCGACUUUGCCCACAACGCCGUCUUCCCUGUCGUCUUCGCUGCAUGCUUGCCCAUCGGUUGGGCCGCCAAGGACUUCCUCUUCAGCACUUCCAUCGUCUACGCUCGCGCAUCGCCCGCCGAGUACAAGCGCUUCGACCCCAAGACCGCCUCUCUUGCCGACACUGUCAUGUGGAACAUGGGCGUUGAUCAGUACUCUAGCAGAGAAAGCGUCCUUUUCAGACGUACCUUCUUGCUCGCUGCCUUCACUGCUGUCCACUCGUUCAUCAGAGUCUUUGCUACUGUCGAAGGUGCCACAAUCUACGGAGCCGCUGGCUGGUCUGCCCUGUGGAGUGUCGCUGCUCUUGCAGCUGGCACAGGCUUCCUCUACGUUGGAGACUCUUGA